AGUAGCCAACCGUGCUAACCGGAGGUACAAUUACACACGUGAGAGCUACUCUUAGCCUUCAUUUAUAUUUCACUCAUCACGUGGACGCACGUGAUGACUUCGCAUCAAUGGAUUUCGAGGGCUGUCGUGUUCUUGAAAUAUUCGCUAUAAGCAACAGCAGCAAGUCUACCGUGUCAUGUGACAAUUUAAUAAAAUACAACUAGUGUGUUCUGAAAUAUUACAGUACAUACGAAUCAAUCGAUUCGUAUCGAAAUCAUAGCGUGCAACUUGGAAAACACGUUCAAAAAAAUUAAGAACGUAAAACGAUUUCUGUAAAGAACGUGGUUUAUUCACAUAGACGACUGUUUGGCGCGUUGCCAUCUUACUCGAUGCUACCACCCUGCGCUCCUAUGGCAGUUUACACGCUGCGAGUGGCAAUCAGGAUGAUCACGAAAACCGGUCCAAGCCACAACACAGAGCGCAACGUCUCGCUCGAGGCGCCGUUCAUUCGGGCUGAGAUCAUCAAUAUCGCCGCUGCCGCUUAAGGAAGCGCGCGCACCAAAUUGCGGCAAAGUGUCACCCGUUCUCCUCGUUCUGUACGAAUAAUAAUAAUAACUGGGCUUCCUAAAGAGGGAAAAAAAGAAGUGGACGGAAGAGACGCACCACACACACACACUUCACACCACACACACAGCCCACCGCACGCACACACACACAGCACACCACACAUAAAACCCGAGCGAGCGAGAGCGCAAGCGGGCUUGCUCGAGUUGAAGCAGGACGGAAUACUAAAGAGGAGCACUCGGGCAUUUGUAUCGCGAGGGGGUCCCAAGCCCUCCAGCAGAAGGACUCAUUCCUCCUCCGCGCGGCUGCUCCGCUACCCACAAAAGUGACUUGAAAGCGGCGUGCGCAUCUCACAGUGGCCACGACCACAGCCAGGAGCAGACGAGAGUACAGUACAACGAUGACACCCACGCUUGCACCACCACGCCUGGCCGCGCGACUUCUGCUGCUGCUGCCGCCGCUGCUGCUGCCGCAGGGGCCUCUGUCGAGCCUCGCGUACCCGGCAGAGCCCGGCUACCAGGCGUGGCCACCCUCCCCGUCGUCCCCGUCGGCCGUGCCGCAGGACUACGAGAUGGAGGACUACCGCGGCAAGGGCUGCCUGGACGAGACGGGCUUCGUGUACGGACUCGGCGAGGAGUUCUGGCCGGGUCGCUCGCCGUGCCCGUGCCGCUGCACACCCGACGGCCCCGUGUGCCCCAAGCCCGAGUGCCCGCGAUUCGCCGAGGCGCGCUGCGCCCGCGUGGAGCGCAGUGGCUGCUGCCCGCAGUGCGCGGAGCCCCGCAGCGAGUGCGAGCACCAGGGACACGCCUACGCGAUCCUGCAGGAGUUCACGCUGUCCCCGUGCGAACGUUGCCGGUGCGAGUCCAACGGGGAGGUGGCGUGCGUGGUGGCCGAGUGCUCCGACCCGGAGUGCGUGAACCCCCUGUACGAGCCCGAACAGUGCUGCCCCAUCUGCAAAAAUGGUGGGAACUGCUAUGCAGGCACGCGCAUUAUCCCAGCCGGCCGGGAGGUAAAGGUGGAUUCCUGCACAGUGUGCAUCUGUCCGAGUCCUGGAGGAGGUGGCCACUCGGAUCGCCAAGCCACGUGUGUCAAGCGAGAGUGUCAACGCAGCUAGCCCUGGCUGCCCAUUGCCAACAGUAGAUGCUGCAAAGAAUAACAUCCCCCAUGCUUUGCAUUUGCAUUGAAAUGUAAUGUAAUAUUUCUGUUUGGGGGGGGGGGGGGGCGGGGGUGGUGGUGAUUUGUGUGCAAUGCAGUGGCCUCCAGGGGCCAAUACUUUAGGGAUACUAAUGAGGUGCAUUUUAAGCGGCAAAACUCUAAUGGGACCGAUUUCUCUCCAUCGCCAAUAAAAGUGGAAUAAUUUUGGAUGUUUUCAUGAUUAUAACAUCACAAAAUAUACACUUCUCUAAAACACAACGAGGUUUUUGUCUCCCCCGGUGGAAUUGACAAGCUUAAUAUCUGUUUCAGGUCUAUCGAGCAUAUGUGGAAUUUGAGUGUUCACCUUGUACGUUUAUACUUUUUCCUGCAGGACUAAUUUAUUUCCAAGUGCUAAAAUGCUGACCACGGGAAUUGGCAGAAUAUCUUUUGCAAUUCUUGCGAAAUUGCCUUCAAGAUUCAGUUCGGCUUUUUAGAUUAACAUACAAUUUAAAUGAAGGCAUUUACCGCUUUAAUUAUCUUGUUUUUCAGUUCUGCAAUGUUUUACCCAUAAAAAAAUUGUUUAAGUACCCAAUUAAAAUAAUUGAAAGUCUGGCUAGUUAGCACCGUUUGAGACGCGGCUCAAAAGAAAGCUGUCUCUGGUGUGGACCAAUCAGCUUCAAAGACAAUGCAUAUAUUAUCAGAGUGUAUUUUCUGUUUGCAUUUUGACCACAAGUAUUGUGGUUAAAGCAGACAUG